AAAAAAAUUCCAAUCUCGUUGUCGUUGGCCGUUGCUUCUCCACUCCGCCCACCAUGCUCUCCGCCAUGGCCGCACGCCCCGUGUCCGCGAGCAGCUCACGCCGCCGCCCUCUUCUCCCAGCUCAGGCUGUUGCUGCUGCUUCUGGGCCUUCCUCUUCCCCUGCGGUUCGUGGAGUCAGAUCGUGGGCAGGAGCGAAGCGCUCCCUCCUUCGCCCGUGCCCGAUGCUGCUAACAUCUGCGGCAGUGGGGAGUUUGGUUGCCGCUGGGGUCGCUAAUGCUGCCGAGCUAUUGGAUCCCUCUGCACGGAUCAUCAGAACUUCUUUUGGCUGAUCUUGGCAUCGGAGAUUGGUUUGGGGGUUUGCUGUUUUCUGCUGGACAUCAGGCUAAUGAGGCUGUUCAGGAUCAGCUAUCUGCUCUUAGUUUCUCUAGCUUGGCUGUCAUUUUCGGUGCUGGACUUGUAACUAGUUUGUCUCCAUGUACACUCAGCAUUCUGCCAUUGACCCUAGGAUAUAUAGGUGCAUUUGGCUCUGGAAAAGGCCGAACCGAGGUUAUUGGAAAUUCAAUAGCAUUUUCAUUAGGAUUGGCAACAACCUUAGCUAUUCUUGGUGUUGCUGCUUCGUUUGCUGGAAAGGCUUAUGGUCAGGUUGGACAAGGACUCCCAGCGGCUGCUUCUGGAUUGGCCAUCAUCAUGGGACUGAACCUUCUGAAGGUAGUUGAGUUGCAACUUCCCUCCUUUUUCAACGAUUUUGACCCUCGAGCUGCUGCUGCUAACCUCCCUUCAAGUGUACAAGCAUAUCUUGCUGGUCUUACAUUUGCAUUAGCAGCAUCACCUUGCAGCACGCCUGUUCUUGCUACCCUUCUGGGAUAUGUUGCCACUUCAAGAGACCCCAUUAUUGGAGGAAGCUUGUUGUUGACAUACACAACGGGCUAUGUUGCACCUCUUCUUAUGGCAGCUUCUUUUGCUGGAGCAUUGCAGAGUUUGCUGUCAUUCAGAAGAUAUUCAGCAUGGAUAAACCCAAUCAGUGGUGCAUUUCUACUUGGUGGAGGUGUCUACACUCUUCUGGACAGGGUGUUUCCUGCAACGUCAAUGGCAAUGCGUGUAAACGAUUCCAGACAGCCAAGACAUCUUCACCUCACUAGUCUGUAAGGGCCUCGAUAAUUGGAGGUGUGCCCUGUUAAAAUUACUUAUAUCUGGAUGGAUGGAUAGAAUACAUGGAAAUCCAUAUAUGCGUAUGUACAUAAGGAUCGGGGUUUGAACCAAUGACCACAACUGGUCAUCAGGUCAUGUGGCGGCCCCAAAUUCAGUGGUCAAUUCCUUUUCAAUUCUUUUUCGUCAGUGUGUUUUCUGUAGGGUGCGACAUUGCAGAAUACUUCUGUUAAUCGUAACAAUUGGACAUGAUAUGGUGAUCAGACAGUUAUAUA